UGCUCCCCCAGCUGUUUCCUGUCUACAGUGUCUGUGUAAUGUAGAUAAAUGUGAGGAUUUUCUCUAAAUCCCUCUUCUGUUUGCUAAAUCUCACUGUCACUGCUAAAAUCAGAGCAGAUAGAGCCUGCGCAAUGGAAUAAAGUCCUCAAUAUUGAAAUGUGACAUUGCUCUCAACAUCUCACAUCUCUCUGGAUUUCUUUUUUCUCAUCAUUACUGCUAACAAAUUCAUUUCCAGACUUUGCACUUUUAAGAAGCAAUGGAAAAAAUCAACAGUCUUUCAACACAAUUAGUUAAGUGCUGCUUGUGUGAUUUCUUGAAGGUGAAGAUGCACACUGUGUCCUACAUCCAUUUCUUCUACCUUGGCCUGUGUUUGCUUACCUUAACCAGUUCUGCUGCUGCUGGCCCAGAAACACUCUGUGGUGCUGAGCUAGUUGAUGCUCUUCAGUUUGUGUGUGGAGACAGAGGGUUUUACUUCAGUAAGCCUACAGGGUAUGGAUCCAGCAGUAGACGCUUACACCACAAGGGAAUAGUGGACGAAUGCUGCUUCCAGAGUUGUGACCUGAGGAGGCUGGAGAUGUAUUGUGCUCCAAUAAAGCCACCUAAAUCUGCACGCUCUGUACGUGCUCAGCGCCACACUGAUAUGCCAAAAGCACAAAAGGAAGUGCAUUUGAAGAAUACAAGUAGAGGGAACACAGGAAACAGAAACUACAGAAUGUAAGAACAUGCCGUCCACAAGAACGAAGAAUGGAUGUGCCAUCUGCAGGAUACUUUGUUGUAAAUAAAUUAUUUGUUAAACAUUGGAAGACUUAAAAAAACCUAUGGUUAAUAAGCUUGAUGCAAUCUCAACCAAUGGGCAUUCUCCCAGUGAACAAUGCAACUAAACAUUCCAAUACUAAGUCUUUAGAGAACAGAACAUUUUAAGAAGCCCAGAGCUAAAAAAUUCUGUGGUUGAUAUAUUACUGUUUGUUAAUCUGUUUUAAAUGUCCUGCACACAAAAUCUCUUAAAGUCCUGUGCCCCUCAAAAGCCUACAAAUUUAUGGGCCUUUGAUGGAUCCAAUUGCACUAAAUUAACCUAUGAACACAGGCUGCUGGAGUCAUUCAUCAGCCUUGUCUAAGUGGUGUUUUUAUUUUAUUUGCACUUCUAUACAAGCAACAGGCUGUUUGUUUUACAGUGUCUGAUAACAUUGUUUGUCUACCCCUUCAUAUUUGCACAGUUUGACAUUCCCAGUAACAGCAGCAGUAAGGUAACAUAUACAGUUUUAAACAUCCAUUAAUUCCAUCUGUGGCUUUUUGACAGAAUAUGGGUUAUAGAUGCAUUUGUUUUAAGACAGUUUUAUUUUUCCUUCUCUUGCAAAGAUGCGAGUUAUUGCAAUUUGUGAGACAAAAGAUUUCUAAAAGCAGUUAAAGCAUACAUAGGCUCUCAAACCAUUAAUGAUUCUUCCAGGUAAUUAUUUUGCAACAGUAUAGGUAACUUCUUUCUUCCUCCAUAUAAUGCAGUAUGUAAAAUUUAGCAUAUCAAUAAUACACAUAUAUCAAACAGUAUGUAAAAAUCUCUGUUUUAUAGUACAACGGUGCUAUUUUAUAGUUUGUUACAUGAAAGGGUCUGGCCAAAAUGGUAAUAAGCAAAAGCAAAUAUCGAAAGAUCAAGCCAAAGAGUAAAUAACAAAACAGUUUAAACAAUAUUCAGUUUAAAUGAACUAAAAUGGCUUCAGAUUCCACCACUGAAAUAACUUUCCCAUCUCCAAAAGAAAAGUCAGAUACCUUUCUUCUGUUAUAUGUUUGAAUGGUGGUGUUUUCAUUUGCAGUUAUGUGGAACACAAAUUCGUAGAUUCCUAGGCCCAGAGAAGACAGUUUGAGAAACAACCCUCAAAUGACUUUAGUCCAUCAGGACCUAAAUCUUUCUGAAAUAUAGGCAUUUUAUUCAAACGUAACAGAGGGUUACUCAAGUUCUCUGUCAUUUUAAUUCUCCCCACAAUCAGAUGUGACUAAAUUGACUGUUAAUUAGGUUGCUGCAACAUCCUGUAAAUCACAAAAGCUAAUCUAAUCACCAAAUUACAGUGUAGAAAGAGUCCUCAAGAAGAGAUGAACCAGAAUGUCCUUCAAACUGCUACAAUCACCCUUCAUGCACUUUUGUGGGAGACAUAUUUCUCUGCCAUGUAACCUUGAUAGGUACUGCACUGAUUCUACCUUGAAUAUCACUGUGUCCUAUGCUCCAUUUCGUAAGUCAACUCAGUGCUGGAUCAGCCACACAGUAAGGAGUGAUAAGUAGCCAAGCGUUCCAAGGUGAGCAAUAAAUUUAUCGGUGAGAGAGUGGAAGAGAAGGCAGGAGAGAAUUCACUGUUCUACCCUGUCUAAAACUGCAACAUGGUUCUACUCAAUUUUUUUUCCCCCAAAAAUAUCCCUGCACAUGGCAAGCUCAAACAAGAGAUAAAGUAUCCCUUGGUCAGCCCCAAAGAUGGCAGAGAAAAGGGAGCAAUUACGGAGAUGUUGGAUCAGAGCUGUAAAGGAAGUAUCUCUUUUUAAAGGCUCAAAUCUGCCUUUCUUUCUACUACAUCCAUGGGAGCAGGUGACUUACUGAAACACAAGAGAAGAAUCCCUGAAGGCUGAAUAUUUUACAGAUACUCAAGUAGUUUCUCGUAAAACAGGCAGGAAAACUAAGUCUUAAAAGUCCAACAAAUAAUUAUAGUUCCUUUUUGGUUCCUGUAGAAAGUUAGAUUUUUUUUCCAAGGAAAGUGCAAUGUAUUUUAUGAUUCUAUGACUCCUGUGCAAUUCUUUAUACCAUUCGUUUUCUGUGAGAUACAUGUUUAUAUCCACAAUAGGCUGCCAUUGCAAUGUAAAAGCAGAACACUAAAUGAAUAAAAAGAAUAUAUCACAGCUGUCACUGACUGAGAUAGUUAUGUUGAAAUGGAAGAAAGUACAGAGAAACAGAUGGGGAAAUGAAAUUGUUUACCACCAAUUCAAUAAACAGAGGUACCAAUUCUGAUAUCUGUCACAGCUCUUACUGACUUUCUUUUAGCGGAGAAGAUGGAGAGGGAAAUAUUUUUACUUCAGUGGCUGUUAAGAAUUCUGAAACACAUUCUAGAAUAUGCCAUUAUUUGGAUGUCACAUACAUAAUACAUAUUUCCAUUUCAUGCCCCAUGAUUCUUUUUGGCCCAUCUCCUCUGAAGUUCUAACGGGAAGAGGGAAGAAAGGUGUAACAGCAAAUAGUAAUUUACAGAUCUCAAUGGUGGCAAGUUUCUUUGUAGACAACAUUUUACAGAUGCAGUGUGAAUAUAACUAAAUAGCCAUACAUCAUCAGGCUAUUUAAUCCCUGUAAAUUCAGAUUUUGGACUUAUAUUGGAAUGUAUGCACUCACAUUUCUGCCACCAUAUUUCUCUUGUUGAGACAUCAUAAUUAGAAAAUGUCACUCAGACAGCAAUAUCUAACACGAGAACCUGACAACUGUCUAAACAAUUUAGAACAAUCCUUGAAAGACAUUACAAUAAAUAAUGAAUAGUUACAAGGUUUAAAGGCAACACUUAGCUUUACUAGAGAAUACAUGGUACCACAAAAUGGAGAGUAGCUUCAACACCACAGAGUUGAGAAAUGCAUAGAUGGGAAAUAUGCAGUUGUAUAGGAAACCUCCAGUCAUAUGGCAGGGAGCACAUGAUAUGCCAGUCAGUGUGAAAGAUAAAGGGCUGCAUUAGCUCAAUAAUAUCAGUAAAUCCGCUACUUAAAGAAGCUGAAGCAUGAGCCAAAACAUCUCCCUUCCAAAAGUACAAAGUAGUCUGACUAGAAAAACUUCUAAUUAGAGAAAUUGAAAGAUUCAGCUGGAUUUUCAAAAGCACUCCAGAUAUUUAGGAACUGGGCUCCCACGGGAUUUCGUUGAUUCUCAUAAAUCACUUAAGUGGUAAGGAAAAUUCCAGUCCCAACCUUCCAUAUCAUGUAAAUCACAUGACAGAAAUCACAGACUUCUGCAUUCUGGAACAGACAUAAAAAUCCAGUUACCACACAGAAUGUCACUGAAGUGCAGCAGUAAAAAUGUGAAGUAAUUCUCAUUAUUUUCAGUUAGUUCAAAAAUAAUUACAGAUCUAAACCCAUUGAAGUUAAUAUAUCUUUUUCACCAAGGGAGCAGAAUUUGAUAGUCACCUCCAUCGUAACCAUAAUCAUUAAAAGUUUUAAUGGAAAAUGAAUAAAUUCUGUAUUCUGCUCAAAACAUGCUUACAAACCUACGCUUACAAUUGUAUGAAAGACUUAUAUGAGGCAUAUUCAUACCAAUCUGUCAAGAGAUAAAAGAAAAUCAAAUAAUGGGAUAUUGCAUCCAGCCCUUGUAGAUACAUCAAAGCAGGCACCUUUUGCCCAAGACAGAUUACAGCAUCAAUUUUAUUUUACUUUUUUAAGAUUAAAGGGUAGG